AUGGCGCCGCCGCUCUUGCUCCUCCUGCUGCUGCCGCUCCUCGCCGUGGCUGCCGAGGCCGUCCCUCCCACGCCGACGCCGCGGUCCAACCCCGCGGCAGCAGCAGGCGGCGGUGCUCCCCCGGUGCCGACGCCGACGCCGUGGCCGGAGCAGUUCCACGCGGUGAUGUUCACGAACCUGACCGAGAGCGGCGGCCGGCUGCAGCUCAUCGACCUCUACUACGACUGGCCCCGCGGCCGCAACCUGAACCUCAUCCGCAACCAGCUCUCCGGCGACCCGACCUACGACGUGGAGUGGACCAACGGCACCUCCUACAUCUUCGACUCCGCCUCCUGCCGCACCAUACGCUUCCCCGUCGGCGUCCUGCCCCCGUACUGGCUCCACGGCGCCGUCUACCUCGGCCGCGAGACCACCGACGGCUUCGACUGCCACCUCUGGACCAAGGUCGAUUUCGUGUGGUACUACGAGGACGUCCUCACCCACCGCCCCGUCCGCUGGAACUUCUUCAAUGGGAUGCAGCAGCAUGUGAUGAGCUUCGAGGUGGGCGGGGUGCUAGAGGACUCCCACUGGCAGGCACCCUCGCACUGCUUCGCUGACGAUGCCGCCGCCACCGCCACCGGAGCCGAUGCGACGAGCAGCCUCCUCAGGCUCGCACGGACGACCGCAGCGGCUGUAACAUCUUCUGCGGCUUAA